AUCGAGCUCUCUCACGAGUCUGGUUGCCCCGUAGUGCGACGACGAGGGACAUACUGUUUCUUAAUUACGAUGGGACUAAUAUCUACUUUCUAUUCAUGGCGUGGCAUUUCUUUUGUUUUCGUGGGCGGACGACAUGUAUAUCAUCUGAAGGAUCACGUUUUGUGCAGGCUCGUUCAUUGCAUGGCAUUGCAUGGAGCGGGGAGACAGUAAAGGAAGGGACGCAAGAGAAACGGAAAGCAAGGGGUGUCGUGCUACCUGUCACACUGCCACCUGAUACCCUAUUUAGUUUUGUUUUUCUUGUCUGCUUCUCUUCUUCUGAAUCAGCCUUGGAUACGGAAUACGGAUUUUCUUUUUACUUUUCCUCAUAUGUGUCUAUAGGUCAACCGGAACAGCUCAAGUCGCUGUGUCCAUCGACUACCUUGCCCGCCGCCUUCUCAUCUCUCUCUCAUAAACUAGAUGUACUUUUACUACUACCCGGAGCGCUUGCUCGCUGCUGUAGCUGCUGCAUUUAUAUAUUGUUUAUCUUGUUAUUGGGUUGUCCUACUAGCCCAUAUAUUAUUGUCUGUUCCUAUCCCUUUGCACUGGCUGUUUGCGUUGCUCUUGGAGUGUUUGGUGUGCAGUGGUUACAGAUACUUGCGAUGUAGGCUGACGGUGUUGCUCAGUGUAUUGUUUGGGGCGGCUGUUGUUAUGCAAGGAACCUGAAAUAGCCUUGUGAGUUUUUAUUUGGAUGUACAUGUACAUGUACAACCACAUAACAUGAAAACUGAAGAAGAGUACCCCUAUAUCGCCGUGGAAGACCGCGGGGAGGCUGAAACGGGGACCUGAGAGCUGACUCCUCUAACCACCCCCGUUCGGGCGAGUAAUGUUGGAAAGUAAGACGGUGUUUCUCCGUACUGAGGUACAGAUAGUCUAGGGUAUUUCCCGCAAAGGAAGCUCUCGAGUUGUGCAUGUAAUUGGUGGAGUCAAGGCGUGCAGCGCCCCGCUUUUAUUCUCCCCAAGCAAUUUGAUAACACAUGUCAUCGGCAGCAGAUCUGC